AAGUUUUAUGUAAUUUUCUUAUAAUUUUUCCUAUUGCAUCAUGGGAGGAAGUGACGAAGUGGAUGGUGGCGGUCGUAACGAUGCCGAAGAAGGGGCGGCGGCGGCCGCCAGAGUGGAGGAAGGCGGACGGGAGAUGUGCUGGGACGGGUGCGGACGGCCAGUGAGCGUGUGCGUGUGCGCCCAUCUCCCCGCUCAGCCGAUCCCUACCUCCACUACUAUCAUCGUCCUCCACCAUCCCCACGCCCUCCGCCGCAACCCUCUCUCCACCCUCCCCCUUCUCUCCCGCUCCCUCCUGCGAUGCCACACCCUCCCUGGCCGCCGACUCCGCCUCGGCUCCCAUUUCCUCCUCGACUCCCUCUACCGGAACGCGACCGAUCGCCCCUCCGCUGUCUUCCUCUUCCCCGGAGGCAGGGAUCUCUCCCUCUUUGCCACCGAGUCGGGGCCCCUGCCCUCCGCCCUCGUCGUGUUCGACGGCACGUGGAGGCAAGCAAAGGAGAUGGCGGCGGCGAGCGCGCCGUUCCUCGAGCGGUUUGCUGUUAGGGUUUCACUGGGCGGAUACGAUCCGGGGGUGGAGGGGCCGAGCACGUUCGAGUCCGAGCUGGUGCUGAGGAAGGAGCCAUUCCAGGGUUGUGUGAGCACAAUGGAGGCGGUGGCGAGGGCGUUGCGAGUGAUGGAGCCGAGUGGAAAGGGGGCGGAGGUGGAGGGCGCGCUCCUGUUGCUGCUGAGAGCCAUGGUGGGCUUCCAGGCGCGCCACCUGCAUCCGACGAAGCCCCGCACCAAACUGAAGAAGAAGAAGGAAAUCAUGGCAGAAAUGGUGGCAGCUGGGAAGACAAAUGAGAAGAAGGGAGCUGCCGAGGAACAAAAUCUACAAUUGCUAUGCUCAUAACCUGUUUGUUGUUAUUAGUCUUAGAAAGAGCAAUAUUAUUUAUACCAUUGAAUUUGUGCUUCUAAAUCAUCUAUUUUGUCUUUCAAUUUUUAAUCAGUAGCUAAACAUUUUUUUUAGAUGUUUCUGUCAGCAUAAACUACCAUAAUACAGUUUCAUGAUCGUUAGCAAUGAAAGUAACUUGCCACAAUAGAAUAUAUAUUCUAAACUUGUUUCUUCUUCUUGCAUUGUUAAGCCCCUCGAGUGCAGGUGAUCAUGCAAACUUGUUAUCUUUGCAUGUUUCUUCUGUUUGUUCCCUCUCCCUUCAUCUCCUAUAAGCUUCAAAUUAA